AUGCGUGCAGUCAUUGUUGCCUUACUCGCCGUUCUGCUUAUUACAGCGGUCUCUGCUCAGAACAUCAGAACACGCGUGAAGACGUUCCUCGCAAAGGCCGAGGACUUCUUCGACAACGACGAAUUGGGCCAGCGUUGGGCUCAACUCAUUGACGAUUUCAAAGUGCUCGUCAAGGACUCCAAGAAGCGCUGCAGGCCGCCACCGCCUAAGUAG